AUGCUAACCAACGUCUCCGUUGCAGGAUCAGAGAUUGGCUCGCUGGUUAAUGUGUCCAUAAAACCUUGCAACACAGAGCCGUGCAUGCUGUAUACGGAAACCACUGUAGAGUUAAAUAUCCAAUUUACGGCAAAAAAACUAAUCCAACGUGGUCAGGCGGCGAUCAACGCGACGUUUUAUGGAUACUCGUUUAGGUUGGGACUUUAUAAUGACAGCCUAUGUGCCUACACUCAGCCUGGCUGCCCUGUCCAAGCGGACGGAACCGUUUACACUUACACGUAUGCGGUUUAUAUUUCACCAAGCUUCAUCCCGAUGCCGAUGGGGAUAAGAUGGACGCUGUCGUCCAACAACGAGACUUUGGCGUGUGCGGAUUUCCAAAUAAGGAUCGUAAAUCCUAUACCGACCGUAAACAGAGUACCCCCGGUCGCUGCUCCUUAAUUUGCUGUUUGACAUUGUGAUUCCUCCCUGUACGGAUAUUCCGCUUUAAUAAUUGUUGAUGUUGAUUCAGUAGCCUAAUACAGACAGUGUAG